GUGACUUAUAUAUCAUUUUUAACCUCAGUAGUGAAACCUCUAUUAAUAAAAAUAGUGUACAUGUACAUACGUGUACAUACCUUAAUAAAAACAAGCAGGUGAGAUGUUGGAACGCUUCUAUUUUUAUUUUAGUGGACACUCAAUACUAUAGACAGCUGCUGGGGUCUUAUUUUCAGUUCUGCCAUGUCCAGCUCACCCUCCUAUCUUUUUGCCUGUACAACUCCAUGCUGGUCCUACUCAUGCCUACCUACCUGUAUGGCAUGAGGUUCCCAUAGCACUACUUUACUCUUACAAAAUGUCAUAAUAAAGGAAAUGUUAAGUUUGUCAAAAUAAGCUGUUAUUAAGAAAAAUCCAACCUCUCAUUGUGCAAAGUCGUCCCCUGGGCUAAGCUAGAGCCCAGUAUGUUUGAUGCACCUUGGUACAUCCUGCCACUACUGGGCACUCUUGCUUGGUAAUUUGCCAUCAACGCACUACACCUGCUUUGACCACAGCUCACUUGUGGAGCAGCCAGCCUGAGUGAUUCUCUGUGGGUUUUGGAUGACACGAUGCCUCGUUUGCCGUGUGUUUACUCAGACUUCUUCUACGGCCCUCUGACUGAAGAUGUGGAGGAGCUACUGGGGCGCUUCCAGCAGAUAGACUCGGUCAGGUAUGAGGAUUUUUCAGCCCUCUGGAGGGAGAUGGGCUUCUCUGAUCUCUUCAUUGGCACCAUCAAUGCGGGUGAACUGAAGCGGUUCUGCAGGGUGACUCUGGCCACAGCUGUAAAGUACUUCCUACCUCCAUACAGCUACCAGAUCCGAGUGGGGGGCUUGUACCUGAUGUUUGGUUUCUACCACUCGCAGCUCGCUGAACCACCUGUGAUGAUCCGGCUCGCUCUGAAGGACUGGACCCACGUGCAAGCCUUCCUCAAGGAAUCUGUAGAAUCUGGCCAUCUUGAUGUAGUUUAUAUCUACAAGAAGCUUGUGGCAUCCAAAGCCAUCCACUACACGGCCAUGCCGCAUUUUCUGACCUUCCAGAAGCAGCAGAAGCCAAAGAAGGAGCAUGUGUGCCCUGAGUUUCUGAGCAGGACAACCGCGGUGCGCGAGCUCAUCAGUGCAGACACCCUGGAAGAGAUAGCCAACCUCCAGAGCCUGUACGAGAAGCUGAAGGAGACCACCAAGGAGGUGGGUUCCCAGAUCACCAUGACCCACAGAGACUUCACCUCACGCCUGAGAGACUGCAUGUCAGAGUUCAUCACCUGGCAGAACAAAACUUUCACCUCACAGCUACUCAAAGACAAGAAGGAAAGAGAUGAAGAAGAAGAGGAGGAGGAAGAAGAAGAGGAUGAAGAAGAUGAGAAGGAGUCCUGCAGCAAAAGAGCGAGGCUUCUGUCCUCCAUCAAGCAGAAGAGCUACAGCAAUGUUCAGAAGGUGCCCAAGUCCAGGAGGCACCGGCAGGGUGAGCCAGCGGACUCGUCCAGUUCGCGGCCUGAGCAGGUCCAGCGGGUCCCACAGAAAAAAAGACCACCUUCUCUCCGGGCCCGGACCUGGAAGAACCUCGGGGUGAAACAGGAGGACAGCAACCUGCCACCCUGGCUCCUGAGUGCUCCUGAGCUGGAGGACGGGGUGCCAGUGAGGAGGACCAACCAGGCGGAGCCCUACAGGAUGUGA